AAAAAAUAAGGUAUUUAAAAGAUCUAAUUAACCGGAUAAGUUAAUUUCAUUUAAAUUAAAUUUUUUUAUAAUUAUCUUUAGAUUACAAAUAAAAUAUUUACAUACUUUAGGAUUCAAUGUGUGAAUUUAAAUAAUAAUAAUUAUUUGGAAAUAUAAACACUUAUGAAAUAUGUCAUCCGAAACUAAUAGAGAUGGAACUGUGAUUUUACCGGACAAAUCCACCGUAGAAACUUUUUCCGAAACUUCUGUGCAAGCCGAUGAUUCUGAGCAUCAAAACGGUGCAGAUGACUCUACGGGAACAAACCAAAAUCAUGAUCCCCAACAAUCACAGCCUGAAUCGACUAACACAGAAAAUAAAAAUUUUUUCAAGGGAUGGAAGAAAACCAUUUUCGGGGAUGAUUCUUCAAAUAUUAAAGUUACUUUUCAUGUUUACUUACCUUCCUUUGAAUUUUUUGAAGGUUAUCCUAUUGUUGUUGGUAAUAUCGAAGAAUUAGGCAAUUGGGAAAAUCCGAUUGUUAAACUAAAACAACAGAAAGGUGAAUAUUUGCACUUUAAAUCUAAUUAUUGGUAUUCAGAUCCAAUUUCCAUACCACUUGAGAGAUUCAAUAAUUAUGAAGUCAAGUAUAAAUAUGCGUUCUUCAUCCCGAAGCCAAAAAUUGAGGAAAAAUCAAAAUUUUCUUUAUUUACCAAAUCCAAAUCUGACAAAAAUGAGGACGCUUUAGAUAAAAAGAAAAAAAAUAACAACGAUGAAAAUAAUAAUCCUGAUGAUUCAUCUGUAACGCAAGAAAGCCGUGAAGACGGAGAGGAUCAAGAAAAUAAUAAUAAAAAUAAGAAUGAUGAAAAGAAAGAAGAUGGUGAUGAUAAAGCAAAUGAUCCUAAAAAAUCAAAAUUUUCUUUAUUUACCAAAUCCAAAUCUGACAAAAAUGAGGAUGCUUUAGAUAAAAAGAAAAAAAAUAACAACGAUGAAAACAAUAAUCCUGAUGAUUCAUCUGUAACGCGAGAAAGCCGUGAAGACGGAGAGGAUCAAGAAAAUAAUAAUAAAAAUAAGAAUGAUGAAAAGAAAGAAGAUGGCGAUGAUAAAGCAAAUGAUCCUAAAAA